AUGUCAACCAUACGACUAGGAAUUUGUCCCUCACUAACCGAAUCACUUCAUGCCAGACUUAAAGAAGCAGGCAUAAAGACAGCGACAGAUCUUAUUGUAGCAGACUUGGAAGCACUCUCACAGAAUUACGAAAUCCCGUACAAGGAACUGGUGGCAUUGCGUAGAGUAUUGUUGGCCCAGAAUGCAUCUUUUCCAGUCAGUGGUGCAGAUAUGUACGAAACAGCAAUGGCUUCCAUAUCCAUUCUAACCACAGGCUGUAACAGGGUUGAUGACUUGCUUGAUGGAGGUUUAUAUACAGGUGAAGUGACGGAGAUCGCAGGCGAAAUCGCAGCAGGUAAAACUCAGUUCUGUAUGACCUGUGCAAGUGCAGUGAUAUGUGGAGCUCAGCAGAAUGUUUACUACAUAGAUACGUGUGGGGCUCUGUCUUUGGAACGAGUGCUACAGAUAGCAGAGCAUUCAGGAAAGGAAAUAGAGGAAUCCACAUUCCAGAGAAUGAGAUGUUAUCAAGCAUUUGAUGUGUUUUCCUUGCUGUCAGAGCUAGAAAACCUCCGAUGUAAUAUUUUACAACAGACUGAUGAUUUCUAUAGCAACUUGAAACUGCUUGUAGUAGACAAUAUAGCCUCGGUUAUUUACCCAGUUCUGGGUGGUCAGCAGAUGGACGGACAUGGACUGAUGGUGACUUUGUCCAGAAAGCUGAAACAACUGGCAGUUGACUGUUCUAUAGCUAUCCUGAUCACCAACAAUGUAGUCAGCGGAGACUGGGAUAGGAAUAGGUCUGCAGCUCUGGGUAAAACCUGGUCACAUGUCCCACACACACGAAUCAUCAUCACCGCUAGCGAUGGACACCGACAGAUCUCAUUGGUCAAAAGUUCAAAAAUGCAAACUAACACAAGUGUUAGUUGUGUGAUAACAGAGGCUGGGUUCUGUGAUAUUACCAAUCCUGGUUGACGAGAGAGAACAAUGGCCACUGCCGUUUAUAAACUGUGUAAAUCAUGUGUCAGUGUUGCCCCUUACCGUAACAGAAGAUCAACAUGUUAUCAAAUAACAGUACCAAAGGCAAGGAGGUACUGCACUGAAAACUUUCCUAUCAACAGGAGGCCUCCUGUGAACAUCUGGUAGUUCAUCACAGGAAACUUUACUGUUUUUGGGAUGCUGAUGUUCAAUUUUCAAUUUCCAAAGGUCAUCUGUCAAGAGUGAUUUUGUUUAGGAUGAAAAAAAAUAUUACAGUCAGUGGAAAUGAAUAGU